AUGUCUUCUUUGAAGCCGCACAAGGGAGAAGAUCCUGAACCUUCUAUUUUGGAUAAUACCUCUACGGAGCCCAAGCAUAGAUAUGAGUCACUCCCUAAGCUUCCUAUAUUGCACAACAGUUUGUACUGUAAGGAUAACCCAAGAGAAUUGCCAUCAGACAAGGAGAUCAGUGGCCUUCAACGCAAGCCGUCAAAACUAAAGUCGAAGCUUUCAGACGAGAUUAAGCACCUCUCACCUUCGCUGAAAAGUGUGAAGUCCCAUGCACAGUUAGCUAAGACGGCGAACGGAGUUAGAUCACUGGCUAGAAACUUGAACAAGGCCACCAUCAAGCUCAAUGUUCGGUCGGUGAUGAUCAUCACAAAAGCCCGUGACAAUUCACUUAUAUACCUGACAAAGGAGUUGACAGAGUGGCUGCUGAGAAGAGAGCCUCACAUGGACAUUUAUGUUGACCAUCACCUUGAGAAAUCUAGAAGAUUCGAUCCAAAAUCAAUAUGGCAGGAGAUACCAACAGCGCAGAAACACCUCAAGUUUUGGAACAAGGCUUUGAUUAGGGACUGUCCGGAUAUGUUUGACUUGGUUAUCACUCUUGGGGGUGAUGGGACUGUAUUGUACGCAUCUACACUGUUUCAAAGAGUGGUCCCACCUGUUCUUUCAUUUUCCCUUGGUUCGCUGGGUUUUUUGACUAACUUUGCAUUUGAAGACUUUGCUUCCAUUUUGACCGAUGUUCUGGAGAAUGGUGUGCGCACCAACUUGCGUAUGAGAUUUACCUGUCGAGCUCAUAAAGAAAAUGGUGAAUUGAUGUGCGAGCAGCAGGCCCUCAAUGAGCUGACUGUUGAUAGAGGCCCUUCACCUUGGGUAUCGAUGCUUGAGUUAUACGGAGAUGGUUCUUUGUUGACCGUAGCCCAAGCCGACGGCCUCAUAAUAGCUACACCAACGGGGUCUACCGCAUAUUCUCUCAGCGCAGGUGGAUCUCUAGUACACCCCAGUGUUUCUGCUAUUAGUGUUACACCUAUUUGCCCUCACACCCUUUCCUUUCGACCUAUUCUUUUGCCAGACUCAAUGACUUUACGCAUAAAGGUUCCUGCAAGAUCAAGAUCCACGGCAUGGGCCUCCUUUGAUGGUAGGUCACGCGUGGAGCUUCUCAAAGGGUAUUAUGUAACUGUGGCCGCCUCACCCUUCCCAUUUCCAACGGUGAGGUCGUCCAAGAAUGAAUAUUUCGACAGCGUGAGCAGGGUCUUAAAUUGGAACAGUCGAGAGGAGCAAAAAUCAUUUGUACACCUGUUGAGCGACAAGAAUAAGGAAUCUUACAAUCAAUAUCAUUCAGGGAGAACUGCUGCUGGGAAUAUACGUUCUGGCCAGAGUAGAAUGAACAGCAUCGGCAACCCACAAGAAGAGUCCGAACAGACGAACAUGAACGUAGGCCGUCAUGCCUACAAUAGAGUGACAGACUCGCUUAGACAAGUUCAAUUAGAGAGAAGACACAGUAAUACUUUUGAAAUUGACUACAACGAUAGUUCAAGCUCCGAUGAUAACAAUAAUCAACUGCCUGGAGAAGCAUCUGAUUCUACCAUCGAGUUAGAAGACAAUGCUGGUGACAACUAUUUUGUGCCUCUUCCUGGUGAAGGAAUCAACACUCCAGUGCCACAACCUUUCUUAUCCAAUGAUUCAAACGUGCACUCAAUGUCUAGUAGUAGGGUUAGCCCACUACACGACGGUUUAGACCGCGCUUCCAAAUGA